CAUCUGAUUGGAAAACAACAAAAGAAAAGCAAAAAAAAACUUAAAAGUUUGCAUUCUUAUCAAAUUUCUAGCCAAUAUACAGCUCUUUCAUAUUAAAUUUUUACAUAUUUUUGGUACUAUUAAACUUCCCAAAUUUAAAGUAAAACAUUCCUUCAGUAAUAAACUAACUAAGUGUUAAUAAAUUAAAUAAUAACAAAGCAAAAAAAUUCUGAUUGUCGUCAUUUUAUAAAUACACUUUGGUAGUAAAUGUGUAAAUAAAUUACAAUAAAAAAACACGCGAAUACGAACAAAAACACGCACAUACACAUUUUAUACAGUGACUGUGCUCCGGACAAGAUAAAAAUACUACAUUAGCACUUAAACAGGAAAAUUAAUUAAUUCACUGUAAAAGAAAACAACUUCAAUAAUAAUGUCCGAAAAUCCUACUUUGGAAGAAUGUAUUUCUAUACCCAUACCCGAACCAUUAUUGCUCGAAGUUACCGAAAAAGCCAAAGAUUGGGCUAUUAUGCAUGGGGCUGCUAUGCGUUCUAAAACUAAUUUUAGUCCAGAUUCUUUAAAUUUUGCUCCCUUCUUAUUGACACCCUCCUCGUUUCCACGCAAAGAAUUUGAAAAGGCUGUCGCUUUGCAGGUUAUUAUAAAUCGUCUUAUGCAUAAUGUGGCUCAUGAUGAAGAAUUUUUGACCACCACUUUGGCGGAAACAAUAAAAGUUGAUGAAUUUACUGGAAAUUUAUUUAAUAUUUAUAAGAAAGUGUUGGCUAAUGGUUUUGGUCAGCGCAUAUCGUUGGGCAUUUUGCGAAGUGAUUUGAUGUUGGAAUCUAGAUGUAAAGACUUAGAAAUAACAGUUAAAAGUGAAAAACCCUGUGCCUUCUGUUGCUGGAAACAAGUUGAAAUUAAUACUAUAGCGUCUGGUUUUGGCCAUUUAGGACCAGCCAGUAAAGCCAUACAAAGCUAUGUUUUGGGAGAAAUGGGUCAAUAUGGGAAGCUAAAGAAUAUGCCUGAAAAUAAGGCUUUAUCUGGUAUUUGCGAUGGCAUGAUACGUGCUUGGGAGAUUUACAAUAAUCCAAAUGCUGUUAUUAUGUUUAUUAUUGAGGAUGUUUCUUAUAAUAUUUGCGAUCAGAGAUUUCAUGAAUUUUAUAUACGCGAAAAAUGUCCACACAUUAAAGUAUUAAGACGUACUUUAACCCAAGUCCAUGAGCAUGGAAAAUUAAGCUUAAAAAAAGAGCUUAUUGUAGAAGAUUAUGAAGUAGCUGUUAUAUAUUUCCGUGCUGGUUAUGAACCUGGACAUUAUCACUCACAAAAUGAAUGGGAUGCACGUUAUUUAAUGGAGUGUUCUACUGCUAUUAAAUGUCCUUCGAUACAUUAUCACUUGGCUGGCACCAAGAAAGUGCAACAGGCUUUAGCACAACCUGAAAUGUUGGAAAGAUUUAUCAAUGACCCGGAAGAAAUUAAGGCAGUUGGUAAAAUAUUUACUGGUCUUUAUUCUUUGGAAGAUAACGAUGUAGGUAAUGCAACCUAUGAGAUGGCCUUAAAAGAACCCGAACGUUUUGUUUUGAAACCUCAACGUGAAGGAGGCGGUAAUAAUGUUUAUGGUUUAGAUAUUCCCGAUGUUUUAAGGAAAAUGACACGAGUAGAACGUUCUGCUUGGAUUUUAAUGGAUCUUAUACAACCACCUGUCACCAAAGGUUAUAUGAUACGUCCCGGUGGACCUAUGCCUCCACCUGUAGUUGAUGUUGUAUCAGAAUUGGGCAUUUUCGGUGUAGUUAUUGGAGAUGUUGAUAAUAUCAUUUGUAAUUAUCAAGCUGGUCAUAUGUUGCGUACUAAAAUAUCUACUGCCAAUGAGGGCGGUGUUGCAGCCGGUUUGGGUGCAUUAGAUAGCCCUUAUUUAGUGGAUUAGCAUUUUGUUUUGGUUUUUUUUUCUAUAAUUUUAUAUAAAAUUAACUUUACUAUUGUAUAUUGAAAAUAUUUUUUAUAAUUAUCUUUAAGCAAUAAAUCAGAGAUUUAAAAAUUGUGGUCUACAAUCAAAGCAAAA